AUGACGCAGCCGGAAGUGCUGGGAGUCAUACGUAUCCAGCAGCUGAUAAAAUGUACAGAUAUAGAUACUACGAUUAUCUGGGAAAAAUUAGCAAUACGUUCGACGAUGCCUUUAUCAGCUCAUUUGCUAGGUGAAUAUGUUCCUCAAUCGGCGUAA